ACUCGCGAGGUUACCGGAUGUCGAUGAUUCUCGUUUAUGGAGAUUGGACGUAAAACACCGUCCCGCCGGAUAUGUAACGGUCUGAUCUUCUUUCUGCGUACGCCGACUACCCCGUAGCGCUCGCGACUCGCGACUGCCCUGAAUGCACCUGUCAGACGGCUUUAAAAGUUCCUCCACGAAAAUGCAUUUUCGCCACGUUCCCACGUCCGAUUGACGCAAUGUCCGAAUCGAAUUCGCCUAAGACAGACACGAGCAGCUCCAGCCUUCUGCGGCGCUUUCGGUUUCAAAAGAAACAAACGAAGGCAAUGAACAUGUCUGAUGAUGACAGUAAUUUGGUAAGUCCUGAUAUACAAGUGCGCCGUAAACCUGUAAAUCGCAUUGAAGACAGCGACAGUGACAUUGGCAGUCCAGCUAAACCAACAAUCUCAAGUUCAGACACUAAUGCCAAAGGUAAAGAGCACAAGCUGAAGUACCUGACAACGUUGUAUCCACAGAAUGAUGCGUUGCGUAUACAAGAAGUACUUAUUAGUACUAAUUGGAACAUUGAAGAGGCAGAAGAGACACUUAGAAAUAACAAGAAAAGAACUUCUAAAGAAUCUCCAAAAGCUAAAAAGAAGAAGAGGAGAAAAUUGAAUGUGGAGGAAGAUAUAGAUGUUGAUUCAGAUGAAGGAAAUUAUAAAGACAAAGUAUUUGAUAGCGAUGAGGACACAGAUGUGGAGAUAUCGAAUGAACUCACAGGUGACAAGAAGGCAGUCUUAGAGUUUAUGCGAACUGCCAUGCCUUCAGAAUUGCUGCUCAUGUCACAAUGUUCCCAGAAGAGAGCCAAUGCCAUUGUAGAAGCAAGACCAUUUGAGGAUUGGAAAGAUUUAGUGAAUAAGUUUCAAAGUACAAGAUACUUAGAUACAGAAUUGUUAAAUGCAGCUCAGGUGAUACUAUCGACGCGUCAUGUAGUGGAGACUCUAAUGAAAAAAUGUUUGCGUUUGUCUACUAACAUGGAGAAAGCUGUGUCUGCUGGUGCUUCGACUAUAACUCAGCAGCCGAAGGAUCUGUCGUCAAAUUUAACAUUAGCUCCCUACCAAAUGGUUGGCUUGAAUUGGCUUGCCGUUAUGCACGCGCAAAACGUGAAUGGUAUAUUGGCCGAUGAAAUGGGCCUAGGAAAAACAGUGCAGGUGAUAGCUUUCCUGACAUAUUUAAAGGAAGCUGGUCUCAUCGACGAGCAGGACGGUCCUCAUCUGAUCGUCGUCCCCAGUUCGACUAUAGAAAAUUGGUGGAACGAAUUAGAGAGAUGGUCACCUAGCUUGAAAGUUGUACAAUAUUAUGGCUCUCAAGAUGAACGGAAAGAGAUGCGAAUGGGUUGGCGAAACGGUGAUCUCGAUGAUGUUGACGUACUGUUAACCACGUACAGUUUAAUUUGCAGCACUCCGGAGGAACGUAGACUAUUUCGCGUUAUGCCGAUUAACUAUGUUGUGUUUGAUGAGGCACAUAUGCUGAAGAAUAUGAGUAGUGUUAGAUACGAAAAUCUUGUCAGAAUUAAUGCUAAACAUCGCAUUUUAUUGACUGGAACCCCUCUACAAAAUAAUUUAUUGGAAUUGAUGUCUCUAUUAAUAUUUGUAAUGCCUUCGUUAUUUGCUGGCAAACAAGCCGACUUGAAAAGCUUAUUCUCUAAGAAUUCCAAAAUGCCGAGUGACAAAAAAGAUAAAGACCAACCAUUGUUCGAGAGGGAACAAGUUAAAAAUGCGAAAGAGAUUAUGCGUCCGUUCGUUCUUCGCCGACUGAAAGCUGAAGUUCUAAAUGAUCUGCCUUAUAAGAAAGAUGAAAUAAUACGAUGCGAAUUGCUCAGCAAGCAGCAAAGUAUGUAUGACAGAUUAAUCGCGCAAUUUUCAGCCGAGGCCAACGAAAUCACAGAUGUAAACGGAACCGGCAUAAUGAUGCAGCUAAGAAAGCUUGCCAAUCACCCUCUCCUCGUGCGUGAUUAUUACGACGAAGAAAAACUCACGAUCAUAGCAAAUAGAUUGGCGAAAGAACCGGGUUAUAAGCAGAAGAAUCCUAAAUACGUGUUCGAAGAGUUGCUCUGGGCGUCCGAUUACCAAAUCAAUCAGAUGACACGAAUAUACAAAAGCGUGGCCGGAUUCGGUUUGCCUCAGGAACUUAUUCCUCAGGCCGGUAAAUUGAAACAUUUGGACGAACUGCUACCACGUUUGAAAAAAGAUGGUCACAGAAUUCUUAUAUUUAGCCAGUUUACUAUGGUAUUGGAUAUACUCGAAGAAUAUUUGACCAUUAGAGGACAAACAUUUAUAAGGCUGGAUGGUAGCACACCUGUAACUGAGAGACAAAGCCUGAUCAAUGAGUAUACGCAAAAUUCAAGUAUAUUCAUAUUCCUAUUGUCCACAAGAGCCGGAGGUUUGGGGAUCAAUUUAACAGCCGCGGAUACUGUUAUUAUUCACGAUAUAGAUUUUAAUCCGUACAAUGACAAACAAGCGGAAGAUAGGUGUCAUCGAGUCGGGCAAAAGAAACCGGUCACUAUAAUUAGACUAUUGAGUAAAGGUACAAUCGAAGAAAGCAUGUAUGAAAUAGCUCAAGAAAAGUUACAUCUGGAACAACAAAUCACUGGGAACGAAGAAAAUGAAGGUACAGAUAAGAAAUCUGUCCUAAAAUUAUUAAAAAUGACCAUAGGUCAGGAUGUUCAUAAUAAAUCUCUAUCAUCAGCGAAAAAUGCAAGCAAAGGAUCUGACGCACUGGUGCACGAUGAGAAAUGUAAAUAAUUAUAAUCGCUAUUUGUAAUUUUGCUAUUUAAAAUGCAACAAUGAUCAUUUUUAUAUAUUCCGGUCUCACGGUACGAAGGUCAUAUUCUGUACGCUUCGCGGAUGCUAAAUAUUCACGUAGAAAAAAAGUGGGAAUUAGAAAAGCGUAUGUUAUGUGGUAUUCGCUUAUGCGUCCAGAGUAAGGCCUCGAAAGCACUGAGUUGUCGUAAAUGUAGAACCGAAAUAGAAGAACAGAUGUUGAUGAAAUGUCGUCUUUUUUUACUUUGAUUCAAUCUCAAUUGAGUGUAUACAGCACGUUAUUUGGAAAUUUUUUUACUUGUAAGAUGCCCUGCGGAACAAUCAGUUUUUGUAUGUCUAUUAAAUCAUUCCUUUAUUUAUCUACACAAUAUAUAUAUGUGUGUGUGUG